CGGCAGAGCUGGACGUCGCUGCCUGGCCAUGGCGGCGGGCGCGCUGCUGCUGCUGGCGCUGGCGCUGGGGGCGCCGCGGGCGGCCGGCGCGGGCAUGGGCGCGUGCUACGACGGCGCGGGGCGCCCGCAGCGCUGCCUGCCGGAGUUCGAGAACGCGGCGUUCGGCCGGCGCGCCGAGGCGUCGCACACGUGCGGCAGCCCGCCCGAGGACUUCUGCCCGCACGUGGGCGCGGCGGGCCCGGGGGCGCAGUGCCUGCGCUGCGACGCCGCCGACCCCGCACGCCACCACAACGCCUCCUACCUCACCGACUUCCACAGCCAGGACGAGAGCACCUGGUGGCAGAGCCCGUCCAUGGCCUUCGGCGUGCAGUACCCCACCUCGGUCAACAUCACGCUCCGCCUGGGGAAGGCCUACGAGAUCACCUACGUGAGGCUGAAGUUCCACACCAGUCGCCCUGAGAGCUUCGCCAUCUACAAGCGCAGCCACACCGGCGGCCCAUGGGAGCCCUACCAGUUCUAUAGCGCCUCCUGCCAGAAGACCUACGGCCGGCCCGAGGGCCAGUACCUGCGCCCCGGUGAGGACGAGCGCGUGGCCUUCUGCACCUCCGAGUUCAGUGACAUCUCCCCGCUGAGCGGGGGCAACGUGGCCUUCUCCACCCUGGAGGGCCGGCCCAGCGCCUACAACUUCGAGGGGAGCCCUGGGCUGCAGGAGUGGGUCACCAGCACCGAGCUCCUCAUCUCGCUAGACCGGCUCAACACGUUUGGGGACGACAUCUUCAAGGACCCCAAGGUGCUCCAGUCCUACUACUACGCCGUGUCUGACUUCUCUGUGGGCGGCAGGUGCAAGUGCAACGGCCAUGCCAGCGAGUGCGGCCCCGACGGGGCGGGCCGGCUGGCCUGCCGAUGCCAGCACAACACCACCGGCCCCGACUGCGAGCGCUGCCUGCCCUUCUUCCAGGACCGCCCGUGGGCCCGGGGCACGGCCGAGGCCGCCCACGAGUGUCUGCCCUGCAACUGCAGUGGCCGCUCUGAGGAAUGCACGUUCGACCGGGAGCUCUUCCGCAGCACGGGCCACGGCGGGCGCUGUCUCCACUGCCGUGACCACACGGCUGGGCCACACUGCGAGCGCUGCCAGGAGAACUUCUACCACUGGGCCCUGCGGGUGCCGUGCCAGCCCUGCGACUGCCACCCAGCAGGCUCCCUGCACCUCCAGUGCGAUGACGCGGGAACCUGCGCCUGCAAGCCCACUGUCACGGGCUGGAAGUGUGACCGCUGCCUGCCCGGGUUCCACUCCCUCAGCGAGGGAGGCUGCAGACCCUGCACCUGCAGUCCCGCUGGCAGCCUGGGCACCUGUGACCCCCACAGUGGGCGUUGCGCCUGCAAAGAGAAUGUGGAAGGCAACCUGUGUGACAGGUGUCGCCCGGGGACAUUUAACCUGCAGUCCCACAAUCCCGCCGGCUGCAGCAGCUGCUUCUGCUAUGGCCACUCCAAGGCGUGCGUGGCCGCCGCCCAGUUCCAAGUGUAUCACAUCCGCUCCGAUUUCCACCAGGGAGCCGAGGGCUGGUGGGCCAGAAGUGUGGGGGACCCCGAGCACCCCCCGCAAUGGAGCCUGAGUGGGGUCCUCCUGAGGCCGGAAGAAGAGGAGGAGCUCACGGCACCAGAGAAGUUCCUGGGAGACCAGCGGUUCAGCUAUGGGCAGCCCCUGACACUGACCUUCCGGGUGCCCCCUGGGGGGUCCCCACCCCCCGUGCGUCUGAGGCUGGAAGGGGCAGGCUUGGCCCUGUCUCUGAGGCACUCCAGCCCCCAGGACACCAGGCAGCCCGGGGAGGCGCAGCUCAGCUUCCUCCUGCAGGAGACUUCCGAGGACGUGGAUCCUCCGCUGCCCUCCUUCCACUUCCAGCGGCUCCUCACCAACCUGACCAGUCUCCGCAUCUGUGCCGGCCCCAGGAGCCCAGACCCUGCCGGCCAGGUGUUCCUGACCGAGGUGCAGCUCACGUCCGCCCGGCGGGGGCUGUCCCCGCCGGCCUCCUGGGUGGAGACCUGCUCAUGUCCCCAGGGCUACACAGGCCAGUUCUGUGAAUCCUGCGCUCCAGGAUACAAGAGGGAGACCCCACGAGGGGGUCCCUAUGCCAGCUGUGUGCCCUGCACCUGUAACCAGCACGGCACCUGUGACCCCAACACAGGGAUCUGCGUGUGCGGCCACCACACCGAGGGCCCGUCCUGUGAGCGCUGCGUGCCUGGUUUCUAUGGCAAGCCCUACACAGGCCAAGCUGACGACUGCCAGCCCUGCCCCUGCCCCGGACAGUCAGCCUGCACGACCGUCCCGGAGAGCGGGGGGGUGGUGUGCACCCACUGUCCCCCAGGCCAGAGAGGGCGGCGCUGUGAGAUCUGUGACGAUGGCUUUUUUGGGGACCCGCUGGGGCUCUCCGGGGCCCCCCAGCCCUGCCGCCAGUGCCAGUGCAACGGCAAUGUGGACCCCAACGCCGUGGGCAACUGCGACCCCCUGUCUGGCCGCUGCUUGCGCUGCCUGCACAACACGACCGGGGAUGGCUGUGAGCGCUGCCGGGAAGGCUUCUACGGGAGCGCCCUGGCCCCGCGGCCCGCAGACAGAUGCGCGCCCUGCAGCUGCAACCCCAGGGGCUCGGUCGGUGAGCAGACACCCUGCGACCCAGUGACGGGUCAGUGCGCCUGCCUGCCUCACGUGACUGGGCGGGACUGCGGCCGCUGCAGCCCAGGCUUCUUCGGCCUCCAGCCUGGGAGGGGCUGCCGGAGCUGUAAGUGCCACCCGCUGGGCUCCCAGGAGGACCCGUGCCACCCCAGGACUGGGCAGUGCCCCUGCCGCCCGGGUGUUGUGGGCCAGGCCUGUGACAGAUGCCAGCUCGGUUUCUUUGGCUUCUCCAUCAAGGGCUGCCGGGCCUGCAGGUGCUCCCCGCUGGGCGCCACCUCGGCCCAGUGCCACGAGAACAGCACGUGCGUGUGCAGGCCCGGCUUUGCGGGCUACAAGUGUGACCGCUGCCAUGACAACUUCUUCCUCGCGGCGGGCGGCACACAGUGCCGGGAGUGCCCACUCUGCUACGGCCUGGUGAAGGAGGAGGCGACCAAGCUGAAGGCCAGACUGACCUGGUUGGAGGGGUGGCUGCAGGGGUCUGACUGCGGCAGUCCCUGGGGACCACUAGACAUUCUGCAGGGAGAGGCCCCACGGGGGGACGCCUACCAGGGCCACCACCUGCUGCCAGGGGCCCGGGAAGCCUUCCUGGAGCAGAUGACGGGCCUCGAGGGUGCUAUGAAGGCCGCCCUGGAGCAGCUGCGGGUGCUGAGCAAGGGUGCCCGCUGUGCCCAGGCCAGAGCCCAGAAGACCUGCGUCCAGCUGGCAGACCUGGAGGUGGCUCUGGCGUCCUCAGAAGAGGAGAUUCUGCACGCAGCCACCGUUCUUCAAUCUCUGGUGAUUCCUCAGGAAGGGCCUGGCCAGCCCAGCCCCUGGAGCCAUCUGGCCACAGAGGCCCGCACCCUUGCCAGGAGCCACAGAGGCAGCGCCGCCAAGAUUGAAGCCGCCGCCCGGAGGGCCCUGCUCGCCUCCAACGCCAGUUACGUGCUUCUCCGGAGUCUGGUGGAGGGUACGGUGGCCCUGGAGACUCAGCGGGAACUGGAGGACAGGUACCAGGAGGUCCAGGCAGCCCAGAAGGCGCUGGACACGGCUGUCGCAGAGGGGCUGCCCGAAGCUGAGAGGGUGCUGGCCGCCGUGCAGCAAGUUGUCGCCGCUGGCACCCCGCGCCUGGCCUCGCUGGCUGCCCCUGGAGCACCGCCUGAGGAGGGCGAGGCCGAGGACUUGGGCCAGAAGGCGAGGGUCCUGGAGAGGACGGCUGCAUCGAGGGAGCGCGUGGCCACUGAGGCCACCCGAGCCCUCCAGGACACUGCCCGGGCGGUGCUGCAGAAGGCGGAGCCCCUCGUGCAGCUGCACCAGGAGGCCAGAGCCGCCCUGGCCCAGGCUUCCUCGUCUGUCCAGGCUGCCACAGUGACCGUCACGGGAGCCAGAACCCUGCUGGCUGACCUGGAAGGAAUGAAGUCGCGGUUUCCUCGGCGCGAGGACCAGGCGGUGCUGCAGAGGAAGGCAGGCGGCGUCAGGGCCAGGCUCCUUGCAGACGCAAAGAAGAAGACCAAGCAGGCGGAGAGGAUGCUGGGCAACGCGGCAUCUCUCUCCUCCAGCGCCAAGAAGAAGGGCAGAGAAGCGGAGCUGUUGGCCAAGGGCAAUGCCAAGCUUGCCAAGGCCUUGCUGAGGGACGGGAAGCAGGGGCACCGCCGUGCCAGCCGGCUCGCCAGCCAGACGCAAGCCACGCUGCGACAGGCCUCGCGGCAGGCGCUGGCCUCUGCAGUGCGCAGGCAGGAGCAGGAGGAGGCUGAGCAGGUGGGUGCCGGGCUGAGCCAGCUGGAGCGGCAGAUCCAGGAAUCGCGCGUCUCCCUGGAGAAGGACAUAGAGGCCUUGUCAGAGCUACUUGCCAGGCUGGGGUCACUAGACGCCCAUGGAGCCCCAGCCCGCACCCUGAACGAGACUCAGCAGGCCCUGGAACACCUGAGGCUGCAGCUGGACUCGCCGGGGGCCCUGCAGGGGAAACUGAGGCUGCUGGAGCAGGAGUCUGAGCAGCAGGAGCUGCAGAUCCAGGGCUUCGAGAGUGACCUUGCCCAGAUCCGCGCCGACAAGCAGAACUUGGAGGCCAUUCUGCACAGCCUGCCUGAGCACUGUGCCAGCUGGCAGUGA